UUGAAUCAAUAACAAUAAUGGCGGGGUCUAUGAAUGUGAACGAUUCUAAUAUUGAAUCAGUUAUCGUGCGGUUACAUAGCGUAAAUGCUGUGAAAUUUGGAGAUUUCAAAUUAAAGAGUGGGAUACAAUCUCCUGUUUAUUUUGAUCUGAGGGUGAUGAUAUCAUACCCUGAAAUAAUGGUAGAUAUUGCAUCCUUAUUGUGGAACAAGGUCUCCUCAUGCAAAUUUAAAACAAUUUGUGGGGUGCCGUAUACUGCACUUCCACUUGCUACUUUGAUGUCAACCAGCAAUAACAUUCCAAUGUUAAUAAGACGUAAGGAAGUUAAAGGUUACGGAACAAAUAAAUUGAUUGAAGGAGUUUAUGAGAAUGGGGAUAGUUGUCUUAUUGUUGAAGAUGUUGUAUCAAGUGGAUCUAGUAUAAUAGAGACUGCACAGGCCCUUCAAUCCUGCGGUAUUGUUGUAAAAGAAGCUGUUGUUCUUUUGAACAGAGAACAAGGGGGUCAUGAUAAGCUGGCUAAUGAAGGCAUAACAUUAUAUAGUAUUUUUACAAUGUCUGAUGUGCUUAGAGUUUUAAAUAAAGCUGGUAAAAUGUCUUCAGAAAUGGUUGAAAAGGUUACAGCAUACAUAGCGGAGAAUAAAUUUCAUACAAAUGGUCAGGCCAAGCUACCCCAGCAGGUUCUUGGGUAUGGAGAGAGAGCCAAAAUGUGUAACAAUCCUGUAAGUCGAAAGUUGUUUGAAAUCAUGGAGGAGAAAAAAUCUAAUUUAGCUCUGUCAGCUGAUUUGUCAGAUUCUAAGCAGCUUCUGCAGUUAAUAGAGAAAGUUGGCCCUUAUGUUUGUAUAGUGAAGACGCAUAUUGAUAUUUUAGAUGAUUUUGAUCAGGAGUUUACAGUCAAACUUAAACAGCUUGCUGCUAAAUUUAACUUUUUAAUAUUUGAAGACCGAAAGUUUGCUGACAUAGGCAACACAGUGAAGCAUCAGUUUAAAGGAGGCGUGUACCACAUAAGUGACUGGGCUAAUAUCGUGAAUGCUCACGCUGUUCCAGGGGCUGGUGUUGUGCAUGGGUUGAAGGAAGUCGAUGCUUCAAAGGGUUGUCUUCUCAUUGCCGAAAUGAGUUCAGCUGGAAAUUUGGCCACUGGCAGUUAUACUGAAGCUGCUGUAAAAAUGGCUGAAGACAAUAAAGAUUUUGUGAUUGGUUUUAUCUCUGUCUCAAAGCUUUCAACUGAUCCAACAUUAAUACAUAUGACUCCAGGUGUCCAACUUGAAUCAGGCCAAGAUAACUUGGGACAAAACUACCUCACCCCCACAGAGGUGAUCACAAACAGAUGCUCAGAUAUCAUCAUUGUAGGGCGUGGCAUUUACCAGGCUGCUGAUCCUGCAGAAGCUGCUAGACAAUAUCAAGUGGCCGGCUACGACGCGUUUGUCACUAGAGCCACCGAGGCCAUGAUUUCUUAGUUUCUGUACUUAUGUAAUUGUGACAGUAUGAAGUACAGUGAUGCAUUUAUUACUGAGGCCAUGGUCUCAUAGUUUCUGUUCUUUUGUAAUUCAUUGUGACAAUAGGAAGUACAGUGAUGCAUUUAUUACUGAGGCCAUGGUCUCAUAGUUUCUGUUCUUUUGUAAUUCAUUGUGACAAUAUGAAGUACAGUGAUGCAUUUAUUACUGAGGCCAUGGUCUCAUAGUUUCUGUUCUUUUGUAAUUCAUUGUGACAAUAUGAAGUACAGUGAUGCAUUUAUUACUGAGGCCAUGGUCUCAUAGUUUCUGUUGUGACAAUAUGAAGUACAGUGAUGCAUUUAUUAUUGAGGCCAUGGUCUCAUAGCUUCUGUUCUUAUGUAAUUGAUUGUGACAAUAUUGUGUCACAUGCAUUUAUUACUAGAUCUGCAUUUGCAAGGUUUUCUUAGUUUCUAACAUAAUCAAAGUUAUUUUCCAAAACUUAAAAAGUGAAUUUUUUUUAGUGUUUAUUAUAAAAAAAACUUUUACUUCCUAGGUAAAUCUUAAAUAGUUUAUAAUGUUCUUGUUAUAUUUCAUGUUUGGUUCAAUUUUGUGUGUACUUAUUUAUUGCAAGUUUUUUAGUACUAAUUUUUCAAAACAUUUAUGUCCAUAUAAUUAAAUAAGCUUUUUAAUUAUAAAAAUAAAUUCCGAAUUUAAUAAUUCUAAUACAUUUUAAAUUUUUUUUCCCUUUAUAAUUCAUUUAUAAAUUUCUAUCAAAUUUCUGGAAAAUGAUUUCAUUUAUGACAGUGAAAAUGUUUUUAUACAACCCUCUCAGGUGACCUAUUUCUGUGCAAUUUAAACUUAAGAUAGUUGGUUUGACUAAAACAAUAUCUUAAAGUAAGAGGUAAAUAUUGUUUUUGUUGUUAAAACUUAUGAAAAUUUAGUUUUUUUUUCUCUGAAUGAACAACUUCAUAAUAGCAAUUGUUUAAUAGACCUCUAACUAUAAUAGUAUAGAAAAAGUCAAUGUUUUUUUAAACAAUUUACUCCAGCCUUUAUUUGAAUUUGAAAAUGUAGGUUGACAAUAGUUUUUCUCAUUGUUUUGAUCCUGUUUAUUUUUUGAUAAUACAGAUCUAAUUAUGUUCUACUGACAUUAGUUUGUUUAACACAUUUUUUUUUGGAAAAUUGAUUUAACUGAAACAUUUUA